CCAACCGUCAUGUCGAGUUCGUUGAAGAAGUUCUUCUCUGAGCCUCUCGAUGUACAAUGGCGGACCGCUGUCCUCCGUCUCCCGCGCAUGGUACCUGACCAGGUCCUGCGCAUAACAUCCUACGAAGGACCGCAUCCGUUCGUCCUAAAGCUACCGUCCCGAGGCACUUAUUCUAUUCCCGUAUACAUCUUCGUUCCAUCCACCGAACCUCCCCCGGAUGGUUACCCCGUGAUCCUCGACUUCCACGGAGGCGGCUUCGUCAUGGGAAGCUGCCUCGAGCAGGCGCCCUUCUGCGCGAAGAUGGCGCGCGAGCUCAACGCGAUUGUCAUCACGGUCGACUACCGAAUGGGCCCGAUCGACAAAUUCCCCGCCGCGGUCGAAGACGGAGAAGACGUGCUGAGCGCGAUCCUCGACCCCGACAUGCUCGGCUUCGCUGUGCUGCGGGCGGGGAUCGCCACCAACGUUAAGCCCGCUGGCCGGCCUGUGCCCAUCGACAUAACCCGCAUCGCGCUCGCCGGCUUCAGCAGCGGUGGCAACCUCGCACUCAACCUCGCCCUAUCACUCGACCCUCCCCAAGUCGACACACCAUGGCCUAGUCGCAUCCCCGCCGAUCACCCGCGCCGCAUACCAGUCCUACUCUACUACCCAUCGUUCGACGCGCGCCAGCUCCCCUCCGAGCGCACGCUCCCGCCUAAGAUGCCUGCGAGUAAGACCUUCUGGCGCGAGAGCUUCGACAUCCUCCACCAGACGUAUCUCCCGCGUGAGCUCGCCGCGCAUCCUCGCGCGUCGCCGGGACUGGCAGACAUCAGCGCGCUGCACGACAAGGCUCGCGUGUACCUUGUCCUGCCUGAGAUGGACUCUCUCGCGGAGCAAAGCGAGGCUUGGGUGGCGAAGGUGAAGGCAGAAGGCAGGGAGAAGGAUCUCAAGGUCACACGCGUGAAGGGGAUGCGCCACGGUUGGACGCAGAUGCCCGUCAGCUGGCUCAACGACGAGGAAAAGAGGACGCGGGACGAGACAUUCCGGACUGCUGUGCGGUUUGUGAAGGACGCCUGGGAUGGACCAGAAGUAGACGCCGCGGCGAUGGGCAAUACGAGUACAGCUGCGUAACCGGACGGUUUCGUGUAGACUGAUAUAUUCCUACUUUGUAGACAUCAUGUUGUAUGGAUUUGGAUUUCAUGUAUCGACGCGUGGAUCAAGUACCGCACCUGCGAGAAUUGGCUGUUA